AUGCUUGCCAACUUAGACGUCAGCUUAACCGUCGGCAUGUUCGAUCGCGCCGCCCUGCUCAUCCGCCGCCUCUCGGCCGUCUUCUCGCCUGGCUCUCCCGAGCUACUGGAGCUACAUAAUAGGUAUAUCCGGAUGAUGGUCUCUCAUAUGAUCGUGAAUCGUCGACCGUCUAUGGUAUGGGCAGCACAGAAAUGGUUCGAAGUCCAAAUGCUGCAGAUAUCGAAAAUGCAACCAGACGCUACCACUUACGCCUUGAUGCUAAGAAUGACAUUGCGCAUGCUUCUUGGCCCGAGACGCGAUCGCACGGUCCGCCGAUAUUGGGACAUGGCCAAGGAAGCCCAGGUCGAAGAAGAUGUAUUGGGCCUCCCAAUCCUCUCAGAAACCGACCUGGGCCUGCUUUCGGAAAUUUGCUCGUCAGACCUACAAGGAGCUGCUCUCGGUGAUAUCAGUGGACUGCCCGAUUUAACCGAACCUGAACCCUCGGAACUAAACCUUUCUCCGCCAGAAGAUGCGAUCCCUGAAAUCCGAUCUGUCUCACAGAAAGGAUUGGGACUCCAGUCUCUCAAAGAAGCGCUGUCACUCUUUGAUAAGUCGAAAUCAUUCCGGGAACUCGAAGCAGAAGGCGAAAUCUCAUCGGUAGAAAAACAACGGCGAUUGGAGCAAGAUUCGAUCGUCGCAGCUAUGGAACGUUGGCGAAAAGAAAGCGAAGACAGGGCCUCCAAAACCGGCCUGGGGCCUUCGGAAAAGAAAAUGGGAGCCCUUUUGUGGGACUGGCAGCAAUGCCUACUUACAAGCAUUCAGUCGGAGAUGCAGUCGGCUUUACGCGCGCAGGAAAAAGAAAGGAAGACGCCAGAGGACAAUGACCGAUGUGAAUAUGCACCCUUCUUGAGCACUAUUGGCGCGGAGAAACUCUCUGCUAUCACCAUUCUUGCAACAAUGAACGCACUGGGCCGGUCUGGAAUGGAUAAAGGAAUUCGGUUAACUCGCCUGAUCAUGGUUUUGGGAAAGGCCGUUCAGGAGGAAUAUCUGGCUGAUCGGAUACGUGAAUCUGCCUACGACUCUGCGCACACGAACAGUGCCAACAGUGCCAACCGUGCCAAAAUGGUGGAGAAGUUAAUCGCGUCUAAGGAUCACUCCAAAUGGAGAUAUCUUGUUCGCAAGUACAAUGAGAGUCAUGAACCAGUCAAUUGGAGUGCAGCAACCGAAGCAAAAAUUGGUGCUCUGUUGGCGUCGAUGCUCUUCUCUUCAACCAAAGUCCCUGUUGAGCACAAAAAUCCUGAAACCCGUGAAGUCACCGUUUCUAAACAACCCGCUUUCCGCCACGUCUACCAACUAGAAAAAGGGUUUUCUAUCGGAUAUGUCCAACUGCAUGACAGUAUCGUGGAGAAACUCGGCCGAGAACCUGCCAGUCAUUUGCUUGCGAAACAUCUGCCGAUGGUGUCUCCUCCAGCACCAUGGAGCUCGUACCAUCAUGGGGGAUUCUUAGAGCAGCCUUCACUGGUCAUUCGAGCCCGCCCGGAUAAUGCCUUGCAAUUACAGUAUGUCAAGGCAGCCUCACGCCGUGGCGAUUUAGAUGAGAUCUUCGCUGGACUGAAUGUUUUGGGCAAAACUGGAUGGCAAAUAAACCGGCCAGUGUUCGAUGUGAUGCUCGAGGCAUGGAAUUCUGGAAAGGAACUUGCUGAUAUUCCUGCCGCGGAACCUAAUCUUCCGGAGCCUGAGAAGCCAGAUACUGGUGAUUCGGGAAGCCUCAAGGCCUACUAUCGUGCGAAAGCGGUUGUUGACAAUAAACGGUCUGGAUUUCACUCCCAAAGAUGUUUCCAGAAUCUACAACUGGAGGUAGCACGUGCUUAUAUCGGCGAGACGUUUUAUCUUCCCCAUAACAUGGAUUUUCGCGGCAGAGCUUAUCCGUUACCUCCAUAUUUCAAUCAAAUGGGCUCUGACAUGUGCCGCGGACUUCUACUUUUCAGUGAAGGCCGGCAGUUGGGUGAACGUGGGUUAAAAUGGUUAAAGAUUCAUUUGGCCAACGUUUACGGGUUUGAUAAAGCCAGUUUCGACGAAAGAGCUCAGUUUUCAAUGGACCAUCUUGAUGAUGUGAUUGAUUCAGCCGAAAAAGGCUUGCACGGGCGAAGAUGGUGGCUUCAAGCCGCCGAUCCUUUCCAGUGUUUGGCUGCUUGCAUUGAAUUGAAAAAUGCACUGGCCUGCGCUGACCCAACCAAAUUCGUAUCUCACUUACCAAUUCAUCAGGACGGUUCGUGUAAUGGAUUGCAGCAUUACGCCGCCCUUGGAGGUGAUAUUAUCGGUGCACGGCAGGUGAACCUUGAGCCGUCCGAUCGGCCAUCAGAUAUCUACUCAGCUGUUGCCGAGCACGUCCACCAAUCCAUCGUUCAAGAUGCUGCCUCGGGCAGCCAGCUUGGGGAGUUACUUAAGGACAAAAUAAAUCGGAAAGUCGUCAAACAGACGGUAAUGACGAACGUGUACGGCGUUACCUUUCUUGGAGCAAUAAGACAAGUUCAAAAACAGUUGGACGAAAUUUAUCCUGACCUUGCUGAGAACAAUAAUGUAAACAAAAUCGCGACAUACAUCACUCGAAAGAUUUUUGCAGCCUUGAGCUCUAUGUUCACUGGAGCGCAUGAGAUUCAAUUUUGGUUGGGUGACUGUGCCAAUCGAAUAACCCAAUCCCUAUCUCCCGAUCAAAUCGAGGCGGUCAUCGAGGCUAGGAAUGCUCCCGCUACGGCUGCCAAAAAGCCCAAGAAGAAAGACGAUUUGUCAAAGAGGUUUCGGUCUACGGUCAUCUGGACUACUCCACUUAAACUACCUGUUGUCCAGCCCUAUCGCGAAGCCAAAGUCCGCCGUGUCACAACUGCCAUACAGAGCCUGAGCAUCAAAGAGCCUCACUCCGACGACAUCGUCAGCCGACGAAAACAACUCCAAGCUUUCCCUCCUAAUUUCAUUCAUUCGCUAGAUGCAACUCACAUGAUGCUCUCGGCAAUCAAGUGCGAUGAACUGGGUCUUUCGUUUUCAGCGGUUCACGAUUCGUUUUGGACACAUGCUGGUGACGUAGAUACCAUGAACCUCGUUUUGCGAGAUGCUUUCGUCCGCAUGCAUUCUGAAGAUAUUGUUGGAAGGCUAGCGGCAGAACUCAAGGCUCGGUAUUCACAGAACAUGUACCUUGCUAAAGUACGACCGAAAUCAUCAGUGGCGAAAAAGAUCGACGCCUGGCGCAAAACGAACGGUAGGGGAAAGGGCAAGGAACACCAAGCUGACGAGCUUAUCCUCGAGCAUAAACGCCUCCAGCUCCUUCGAUCGACGAACGAGGCUGAAAGAGCAGAGGGAGAAGCAAUGGUUACUCCCGGGAGCAUUUUCGAAUCACUCAAGGAUGCGGAGGAAUCCCUUGUUUCUGUUCAAUCCCUUGGUGUCGCCGCGAUGGGCCACAUCUCGCCGGAAGAUGAAGCAGCGAGCGCUGAGCCUUCGCUGCUCCCGGAGGCGCCAACAAACCCUCUCAACGACUUGUUCCAGGGAGACCUCGACCCUGUAGACGCUGGUGCGGAAACCGCCGGACCUGCAACCAACGUGUCUAAGAAAAAGCCUGCCAAAAAGACGUGUUGGGUUUGGCUGCCGGUGACGUUCCGGCCAGUUCCAGCUAAGGGUGAUUUCGACGUCACGAGGCUAAAGAAGAGCGAAUAUUUCUUCUCCUAA